AUGAAGAUUAUCAUCUUGGCAGCCGCUUUGGUCCUCGUAGCCUCCGCCCCUCAGGAGGAACGGCCCAUCCAGAUCCUCGAGGAUGACCGCGUCCAGCCUAGAGACGGCGCCUACUCCUUCAGGAUCAAGACCGAGAAUGGCAUCGUCCAGAGUGAAGAGGGCAUCCCAGGCCUUGAUGGACAAACAAAUGUACAAGGCGUUUUCAGCUACACAUUAGAUGACGGCAGCGUAGUCGAAGUCCGGUACCAAGCUGACGAGAACGGCUUCCAGGCCAAGUCCCCUCUGCUGCCUGUCGCUCCCGAGUUCCCUCAUCCCAUCCCGCAGUUCGUCCUCGACCAGAUCGCCUUUGCUGAAGAGCAGCUUCGUCUUGAGGCUCUUAAUACGCAACAGCAACAACAAUAA